UUCACUUAUAAAAACGGGUUCUCGAAGACGAGCGGUUACCGCUGCAAGUUGUUUCUGAUCGCUCACCAGUGACAAUGAGCAUGCUUUGGCUGACAGUACUGCUACUCGCUCAACUCGCUCAAGCUCUGGAGCUUUCAUACGAGAAUAACACACAUGGGAAAUUUCCUGAUUUAAUGAAGAUACGCCUAAUCUCGUCGGCGGGUAGGCCCAUCGUAAUGUCAUGGCGUCGACAGAAUGAAACCAUUGAUUUCUACAAGCUGAUCAUUCAUCAACUUCACCCAGUAAGCAGUGCACAGCAUGAAGACCACGUCGUUGGAUCAUGUGCCAUAUUAAGCAUCCGCAACCAAUUCACAAUUUAUGACUGCCCGACUGUCCCAGUGUGCACCGAAGUUGUCCUCAUUGUAGGGGCGUACAGAUUUCAUGAGCAAGAAAUGGUUUUCCCUGUUACUGCUAUGAUGGGCCUGUUUGCUCCUGGCCGAGAACCAGAUUCUCCAGCGAAUAUUACUACGACUCAGAUUACAGCAUUGACUACGAAGAUUAAGUGGGAUCCACCGGCGAAGUUGUACGGAACGCCCCGUGGAUACACAGUAAAAGUGUGCGAUACGUAUUCCGUAUGCGACGAAGGCAAUAGUGUCAAGCGUUGCGUCGAGUUGGUAGUGUUCAGAACAGCACUGGAGGUUAAGAGCAUACCCCAUCGCAGCCUCUGCGUCUUGAUCACCGCAAACUCAGUAUGUGGUAAUCAAACACAUAGGAGCCUUCCAGCGACAGUGGAAAUUCCAGCACCGUUGUUUGGUCUCACAUGAAACGAGGAGCGUGGCACACUUGUGCGACAAGAGCAGCAAAAACGAUCAACGGAAAGAGCGUCCACCACCUGCCUGCCGUUUUGUGAUACCUUGACCACUUUGUGGGAAUGAAGG